AUGAUGUUGCAAAGUUCAUGCCAUUCUAUUUUUUAUAUUCAGGAGCAAAGUUUCCAAAGGUUUUGCUCGGCGCCUGAAAAUCUCAGAAUUUUGAAAGAGGAACAGCAUAGAGAGUUUCGCAGCCUGCAAAAAAUGUCUUCGAAGAAUUCUGCCAUUUUUCUCCGUGACAGUGUUCUCAGGUUAAAUAUGGACGCACAACGUGACAUAGCACCUUUCCUAGAAAGUAAGAUUCUGCGCUCCAUCUUGAAAACAUUUACAAAUGAAAGCGACGUUGACUUCGGUGUUUGGGUGCAAAAUGAAAACAUCAUUGAUAUGUUGACCCGAGCUAAAAAGGUGAAAGUCUGUUCGUAUUUUUCGCACAAUGAACUUGAUAGCGAUGUAGUGAGAGGACAUGAUGUUGCAGAUGUUUGA